GCAAAUGUUCAUGGGUAUGGGAAGCCACUCGAUGAGAACUUCAUCAAGAAUCUCAGGAGCAUCGUGGGGGAGAAAUAUGUGUCAACAUCUGAUGCCGUGAGGUCUCAACACGGCCGAGAUGAAGGUCCUUACCCUGCCAUGGCACCAGAGCUUGUCGUUUGGCCUCAAAGCACAGAACACGUCAGUGAGAUUGCUAAGGCUUGCUCAAAGGCCAAUGUCCCUAUGAUUCCCUUUGGCACUGGGACUGGACUUGAAGGAGGAGUUUCUGCUCUUAUGGGGGGUGUUUGUGUAGAUCUGACAUCAAUGAAUGGAAUCUCAGACCUCCAUGUGGAUGACUUUGAUGUCACUCUUGAACCUGGUGUGACGAGAACCAUGUUAAACCAUCACCUAAAGGAUUAUGGCCUUUGGUUUCCAAUCGAUCCAGGAGCAGAUGCAUCUCUUUGUGGCAUGUGCGCUACAAGUGCCUCAGGGACUAACGCUGUCAGAUAUGGUACGAUGAGAGAGAAUGUUUUGAACUUGGAAGUGGUGCUUGCUGAUGGUACAAUCUUCCACACAGCUGGAAAAGGACGGCGAACAAAGAAGACUGCUGCUGGAUACAAUCUGACCAACUUGUUUGUUGGUUCAGAGGGCACCCUGGGUUUCAUCACAGGGGCAACUCUUCGCAUUCAUGCCAUGCCAGAAUCAAUGGUGUCUGCUGUCUGCUCCUUUCCAUCAGUCAAGGAGGCCAUCAACACUGCUGUCGGUGUGAUGCAAUCUGCUGUCCCCAUUGCUAGGAUCGAGUUCCUGGAUGAAAUUGCUCUGGAUGCCUGUAACAAAUAUAGUCAGACAGAUUACCAGGUUGCUCCAACUCUCUUUCUUGAGUUCCAUGGUUCUCCAAUUGAAGUGGAAGCUCAGACUGAACUUGUUUCGGAUCUGGCACGGGAAAAUGGGGGGUCAGAGUUUAGAUGGGCCAAGGAAGCUGAAGACCGCAACCAUCUGUGGCAGGCGAGGCAUGAUCUCCUCUAUGCCGUAUGGGCACUCUGCCCAGGAUCAAGGGCUGUCCUUACAGAUGUCUGUGUGCCCGUGUCUCACCUGACUGAAAUGGUUUUGAUGGCCAAAGAGGAGAUCCAAAAGGCUGGAUUGAUUGGAGUUAUUUUGGGCCAUAUUGGAGAUGGGAAUGUUCACCCCACUCUUUUACCUGAUCCUGAAGAUCCCAGACAAGAAGCAAAGGCCAAGGAACUCGGGAUCUUGUUUGCACGAGGUGAUGUCAUUGUGAGACAUACAGUUCUCUUCCCUAAUUUAGGUCCUAUCUUGGGCCAUGUUGGAGAUGGGAACUUUCACGCCAUCAUCCUCUUUGAUCCCAAGAGUCCAGGCUCCGAGGAUCUCAACAGAGUCAAGAAUGUGGCUGCUCUCAUGAAUCGGAAAGCCCUAUCGCUGCAGGGGACAUGCACUGGUGAACAUGGGAUUGGGAUUGGAAAGAUCCCAUUCCUGAGGGAAGAAAUUGGGGACAGAGGAGUGGAUGUGAUGUGGGCCAUCAAGAAUGCCCUUGAUCCCAAAGGUCUCAUGAAUCCUGGCAAGGGGUGGCAGGUAAACCUGUUCAUCACUGUGCUGACCCUCGUCGUUGUCUUAGGGACACUCCUCACCUCCUUCAUCCGUGCGGGAACUUCUGGCCGAGCCCUCAACGUCUUCUUUGGCAUUUGUAUCCUCUUCAUCGCGUUAUCACAUCUCAUUGUUAUCUUCUGGUACCGUCUCGGUAGUGUUGAUAGGAAGUUCAGACUCCUCAUAUAUUACAACGCCAUUUCCAUAAUUCUCCUCUGCAUCUGUGCCAACUGUUACUUCUGGGAAACAGCAGAAAAAGGGCCAACCGUUCGCGAAGGACCCAUUCGGUGCAUCUUCUUCAGUGAGUUCCACCCAAGUGUGGGCCCAAAGAUCACAUUCCAGGUUCCAGACUGUAUCCCAAAAGAGGCAUUUGAUGCCAUCAGCGUCUAUAUCAUCCCCAAGCGGGCCAUCCAGGGCCGCGUGGUCACCGUGAAUGCCCUCGGCUAUAAGAUCGUCGGACAUCCUGUGGCUAUUGACCAUACAAAAUAUGCCCGUAAUGAGCUCAUGUUCAACUUAUGCUUUGUUUGUGAUGCCUGUUCCCGCACCGUCCAGUAUGAACCCAUCGUCCGUAAGCUGUCCGAAUACUUAACAAUGCUGGAAUCUGGGAUUGGGUUUUUAUCCGAUGAGAAGAAAAAGGCACAUUUGCCUUCACUUAUGGAAAAGGUGAUCACUGAAUUGAAUGCCUCAGGUCAGUGCACCAUUGAAGUUGAUCAGGCCAACAUCAUCAACCUGAAAGUGAUCCCCAUCCGAAACGAUCCACCGACCGUCCACGACCACGAUGUGCCCAUCUUUUCCCGACCAUCUGCUCUCACCCCUGCGGUUCGCAGUACCACGUACCACCUGCUGGACAAGUGGGAUCUCACAACCCAGCAGAUCCUGGCUCGCAUUGAUGGAUUCGCCCAUGUGGCCAAGAUUGCAGCCCAGGCUGAUGUGGACAAGAACCUCGUUAAGAACUGCAUCCAACAUCUCGCAUAUGAAGGAGUAGUGAAGGUGAUCUCCAUCUUUCAAUACAGCAACACAUAUGCUGUGACUCCGAACAUCGAGAAGCUGUACACAGAUUCUGCACUGCAGGAGGAAGCAGUGUUAUUUGUGGGCAAGUUCCCCCGCCGCCUACCAGCCAUCCACGACAUUCUGCGUCUCUACUGUGCCAUGGAGCCCGGGAUCACGAUCAGGGAUUUGUGCAUCCGAAACAAUCCACAUAAUCUCGGCAUUGAUGAACGCCGACUCAUCCAGUUUGGACUCCUUCACGACAUCAUCCGGCGACUUCAGAAGCAUCCAGUUUAUGUGGGAGAGCCAGGCCGACCGCUGGUGAGCAACAGCCUCACCAGACUUUCAGAUGGAAUGCACUCUCUGGAUGCCAUCUGCUGCAAGACCGGGCUGCCCACAGCCGACAUGGAAAAUCGAGUGGAGAGAGACCCAAGCUUCCUUGUCUUGUACAAGUAGGAGGGGUAACUUUCCUCUGUCGUUUGUUUUUAUUCACUUCAUUCUAAACUGCAGACAAAUUCUCUUAUGACAGAGCUCUUGCACUGAUUUUGUUUCCUUGAUGUGGAGACUGCCUACCAUUAUGUUUUUGAGUGUAUGUUCCAUACUUCAUAUUUUUCAUUUAGCUGUAGCCUGUUUCAUAGUAGUUCCUAUUCAACAUGACACUUCUAUCAUUAAUUACUGAGGUAACUUGUAGAGGCCUGCUUAAUCAGUUCCUAAAGUUUAUCUUCUCUUAUUGCAAGAUUUGCCUGUUACUUGAAAUUUCUUGCAUGACAACCAAAGAUGAAAGUGAUCAACCUCAAUCUGCUCAAUCACCUCCAACCUUACUAAGAACUGUUCAUCUCAGCAACAUAGAGUUCAAUGAGAUAGCUCAGCAGUCUGAGGUGCCAAUUUCUCCACCAUCAGUUGGUUUUGCUUGAAUUUUAGGCUUUAUAUCCUAUUGGCUGUACUUUCAUUUGCUUAGACUGCAGCAAUUAUUCUUCUCUGGAUCUUUGAUGUCUCUUUAGGUCUUUUCUCAUUAUCUAGACUUUCUUUCGCAUCUUGGAAGACACCUUGUCCAUCAUGUGAUAUCAAAGAUGAAGAUGAACUGUGAUAAUAAGGCCACAUAGGACUGUAAUGAACAAUAGGACUCUCAAUUAGAAGUCUAAACUCUUCUCAUUUUGCUUCUGUGGCUCCCCUGCCACCUCAUUGACCCCUGCUAAUAGGACAGUAUGUUACUACAUUUCCAGAAAGGUUUGCAUGGCAAUGCAGAAUUAUGUCACUGUAUAGCAAUUCAUUAGCGCAGUUUACACCUCUGUAUUCAUGUGCACCUGUGAGCAUUGACUAAUAUGAGGCUUUUAUUACUCUGAAUAGUGAGACUGAAUUUGUGUAUUCUUGCAAAGUAAAUAAAUGACUCCUUUGGGGGCA